AUGCUAGGUGCAGCUUCAACUUUCUUCCUGUUGCUAGUAGCCGCAGCAAAUGUCCUUGCAGCCCCAAAGGCCCUAAGUCUUCCCGUCGUUGAUCUCGGCUAUGAACGCCAUCAGGCCCUUUCAUACAACGAAACUACCGAGGUUUACAAGUUCUCCAACAUCCGAUAUGCGCAGCCUCCAAUCGACCAGCUCAGGUUCCGGGCUCCUGUCCCUCCCCUGCCCAACCAGAUUGAGAUCCAGACUGGACCCGAGUUGAGAGCUUGCCCUCAAGGUGUGCCCUUGUGGCAGGCAAGAGCUUACAAGCCUAUUCAGAUGUACUCGAGCGGUAAAGAAUUUAGUCUCGAGUCGUGGGAGGCCGACAUCAAGAACUCGACUCCUCCUUCUGGAGGCCCUCCUGCUCCUCCGACCACAGAGGAUUGUCUGUUUCUUGAUGUCCAGGUUACCCGAAAGGUCUUUAACUCAGUUAAGAAUCACAAUGGAGGCUGCGACGCUCCAGUGCUUGUCUGGAUUCAUGGCGGCGGUGGGGCCUUUGGAUCGAAGAACGGGUAUCCCAGUUUGGGAUUCGAGCCUGAUGGCCUCCUAAAGCAUGCCGAGAGUUUUGAAAAGGAUGGCAUAAUCUUUGUCGCACUCAACUAUCGCCUCGGUGCCCUGGGCUUCCUUUCAGGGCCGGAUGUCGAGAAGGAUGGCGACCUUAACGCCGGGCUCCUGGAUCAGCGCCUCGCGCUUGAAUGGGUUCGGGACAAGAUCCAUCUAUUUGGCGGAUCCCGCGACAAAGUCACCGUCAUGGGCGAGUCCGGUGGCGGCGGUUCCGCCCUGAUCCACAUGCUCAACGCUGGCAAUGAGGGCUACAAGGCUCCCUUUGCGCAGGUCAUUGCUCAGUCACCGGCCAUCUUUCCCACCGCUCAAGUCCCCGAGUCAGCUUACUCGGGGUUCCUGGAAGCUUUAAACGUGACAAGCCUGGCUGAGGCGCGUGAAGCAAGCUCGGAAGCAGUUAUUGCAGCCAACGCUCGUCAGAUUGGGGCUGCUCCACCGACUUCGUACAUCCAUGGCCCUGUCCUAGAUCACAGACUAAUCCCGGACUACCCCCAUGCCUUAUUCGAAGCCGGUCAAUUCGACAAGUCAGUAAAGGUGCUGGCGGCGCACAACGCUUUCGAAGGGGCCUUUUUCUUCGACCCCGGCCUCGAGGAUGACGAAGAGUUCGUUUCCUGGCUGGAGCGCUCUAUGCCCGGCUUGUCCAAGUCGCAGCAAGAAUACCUGGCCAAGGAGCUCUAUCCGCCUCAGUUCGAUGGCAGCCUGGGUUAUACGGGCCAAGCUUCCAGGCAGAUGGCCCUGUGGGGAGAGGCAGUGGUUGACUGCACUUUCCUGGCUAUCAAUGAGGUCCUGAAUGGUAAAAGCUAUGCCUAUCGAUUCAAUGUUACCCCAGGGCUGCACAUCCAGGAUCUCAAGUAUACCUUCAAUGACCCCCAGAGUCCGGCUUAUAGGCCUAUUGCUCAGGACAUCCUGCAGACGGCACUCACCAGCUUUGUUGUGAACGGUGUUCCACAGCUCAAAGGUGGUUGCACCGAUAAGUUCCUUCAUUGGGGUAUCGACCAAACUCUUAUAUAA